GCCUUGACCUCCCUUCUCAAAUUGCAUAUAAGGUAUUGGAGACUCUUUACCUUCUCACCCUUACCGCCAUGUCUUACAACGGAAUCGACCGCAAGGACCGCGCCCCUUCUCCUACUGAUGGUUCGAGCUCGCCAAGGAACGUUGUGGAUCAUGAUGCUCCCCACGUAACAGCAGACGUACCCGUAGGGCCAAGGAAACUGGCGGAUCCAAAGCACCACCUAAUCACCGUCCAACCGCUAAAAAGGAGCGAGAUGCAGCCUUCGUACGCACAGGAUCUUGGAACUGGAGAGGUUACGCAUGGAAUCUACGGUUCCCUCUUACAAUGUCUGGGAACUGGAGUCGGCUUUUUCGGCGCUAUCCCUUGUUGCCCGUGUCCAAAUCCUUUCCGAAAUGUUCAGCAAGGAUCUGUGGGACUCAUCUCUCGCUUCGGCAAGUUCUACAAGUCGGUAGAUCCGGGGCUCGUCCAAGUCAACGUUUGUACCGAAUCACUUCGCGUGGUGGAUGUAAAAAUCCAGAUUAGUCCUAUAGGCAGGCAGAUGGUGAUUACUCGGGACAACGUCAAUGUCGAAAUCGACUCGGUUAUUUAUUUCCAAAUCUGCAAUCCCUAUCGAGCCGCUUUCGGUAUUAGUGACCUUCGUCAAGCCCUCAUUGAACGGGCACAAACAACGCUUCGACAUGUCGUUGGCGCACGCGCUGUUCAAUCUGUUGUUACUGAGCGUGAAGCCAUCGCCUUCGAAAUUGCCGAAAUUGUUGGUGACAUCGCCGACAAGUGGGGCGUUGCCAUUGAGGGUAUUCUCAUCAAGGAUAUCAUCUUCAGCCCUGAGAUAUCCGCGAGCUUAAGUAGUGCUGCUCAGCAAAAGCGGAUCGGCGAGAGCAAGGUCAUUGCUGCGCGGGCUGAAGUCGAUUCUGCUAGGUUGAUGCGUCAAGCCGCGGAUAUCUUGGCUUCACCAGCCGCCAUGCAGAUCCGACAAUUGGAAGCUUUGCAACAAAUGGCCAAGUCCGGGAACAGCAAGGUCAUCUUCGUACCCAUGCAGCUACAAAGCGACGUAGUUGGGCAAAUGGCAGGGACUUCUGCCAUGGGUGCCACCAGCGAUAGUAAUGCCAGCGAGUCAGGAAUGGGUGCUGCUGGAAGGGUGGCCAUGUUGAACAGUGCUGCAGAUAUCUGAAGGCACCGUCGUUGAGAAUUAGUUACUGCCAGUUACCACUAUUAUCGAUGCCCAUGCAAUCUCUGUAUAUUAGUUGUGUUGUUUUACCUCGAUACCUAUGACAUGUGCCGUGCUGAAGCUCAUGGCUGUUUUAUUUACUUGUACAAUAAUAUUUCAAUAUCAUUAACUAUUGUUGGUUGCGCCCCGGUAUCGGUAAUAUAAUGGUAGAAAAUAUCUUGACCCAAGUCAGCAGACGCCAGAUUGUCUUGAAUGGGGUGAAAGAACCUACCAAGAAAGCCCCCAAUCCCACAAUAACACAAUUCUGCAUCAUCUGGCGAUGCAC